UAUUUUGCUUUCUAUAGAUCAGGUCAUACGAUCCAAUGCCAAAUGCAUUACCAGAUGAAGUCAAUGACGCAUUGGCCACCAGACACUUAGAAGCCAGACACCGCAGUUUUAUUUGUAGAGCUGUUGUUCGUAAAUUGAUAGAUUCUGGCAAAGCUUCAAAUGCACAUUUGCUGAAAGCCGCCAGUAAAAUUAGAAAGAGAUACUCUCCUAUGAAGAGGGCAACGGAUCCUCAAGGUAAAGCUUUGUACAAAAAACUUGUUCGAACAAGGUUGAGACAACAAAGUGGUCCUCGGUCUAAAUCGAGUAAGAACUCACAACCAUCUGCACCUCUGUGUGCUAAGGAGGCUCGAGAGGCCAUGGUGCAAGAUUGGGCAGCUGGCAAGAGAAGUGUAACAAUCAUGGGACCAUAUCUUGAAGCAACACGAGCCCUCAGAAACAAAGAAGCAAAUAAGAUGAAAUCUCUGAAUCUACUCAUAGAUUACCCAGCGUUAACUAUUCCUCAACUGUUACUUCAAGAAUUUAGUGCUAUGGAUGAGAUCCAGGUACCUGUUUCACUCAUGAAAGAGAGUUGGCUGAUGAGAUUGGGGCAUUUCAGAAAGUACUUCUCUGACCAUAACAUUUAUCGAAUUGAUGCUAACUUUUCUGUUGAGCAACAAACAGUUAUGAUCUUAGAGAGCUUGCACAGAAUGCCUCUAUGGCUGAAAAAUUCAAGGCCAAAACGAGGCCAAGCUGAUGGUGUAGAAAACAGAGCAUGCAGGGUGCUUGAAAUAUUUCCUGAAAAUACCCCUCUUGCCGAAGCAAGGCCAGAUUCCAGGGAGCCCCUUCGCCUUACUGGAAUUGGAGAAGCUAUGGGCACUGUCAACUUCUUUGCCAUUUCUGACGCUGAGCCAAUUUUCAGCACGGAUGAUCCUAUUGAGGCACUGCUUCUGCUGCUUGCCACCUAUUGGACUUUUCACCUGAGCUUUGGCGCAGCCAACAAAUCUGCUGUUCUUUUCCUGGCAGCUUGUGUUCUAGGUCCAGUAAAGAUGAUGUCUUAUGUCUCUAGAAAUGACAAAUUUCUUGAUCUUUGUAGAGAUAAUUUCAAUUUGGAGGUUUAGUUAUCAACAUAACUAAUAAUUACUGUUCGAGGAUAAUCAAUACCUCUCCCUAUGUUCUUUCACUGUGAUCAUUGUAGUACUAUUUACUUUAAUUUUACUGACUUAUUUAGUUGUACAAGUAUUUACUUUCUUUUUACAUACUGAUUUUGUUGCAUAAGUUUUUUUUUUCCACUGGCUGAUUUAAUUGCACAAGUAUUUACUUUCUUUUUUACUGACUGAUGUAAAUUUAGAAGUAUCUACUUACUAUUCACAGACUGAUUUAAUGUUACCAAGUUUUGUGAUACCCUUGUUUUAUUCACUGUGAUUUUGUUUUGAUUUUCUUACA